AUUUCUUCCCCCGUGACUGCUACCACCUACUCUUCUAUCCGAUAGAAACCACACCCUUUCUUUGUCUUCGUCUCUGAAGAAAUCACAAAGAUGUCCUACAACAAACCGGACAACCCACCCCCCUCCUACCCCUCCCCCGUCCACGACGCAGGACCCUACCACUACCAACAGCAGCAACAAGGCUACCCACCCCAAGGCGGCGCCUCCCAGGACUAUUAUAAUCAAGGCGGCGGCGGCGGCUACCCCCCGCAGCAAGGCUACGGCCCCCCGCAAGGCGGCGCUGGUGGCUACUACCCCCCUCCCCAGGGCUAUCCGGGCUCGCCGCCCCCGCAGCAGCAGCCGAUGUACUAUCCGCAACAGCAACCGCCGCCGCAGCAGGGGUACUAUGCCGGAGGGGAUCGGGGCGGGGGCUCGUCUGGUGGGGGUAUGUGUGCGGGCAUCAUGGCGGCGUUGGCUUGUUGUUGUUGUUUGGAUAUUUUGUUCUAGGCGGAGGAACUUGUGGGUGAUGAUGGAUGCUUUUAUACUGUGUUCGGGUUAUGUGGGAAUGGGUGGGUUGAUUGAUUGAUGGGUGGAUGAGGGAUCGAUGCCUUCAUACCAACUUCGGUGAUAUAGGGUGGGGGUGUUGGGCGUUGCGUUUCUGCGUGAAUGACUGGUUUUGAGUAUUGGGUUGCUUCUUGGGUUUCUAGGCUAUUGGUGUUGUGUUUCGCUUUGUUUGUUGUUGUU